AUGGUCGGCGUCCCAGCUAAAGCGGGAGGCUGUUUGACUUGUCCCAGAAGGAAGAAGGGAUGCGAUAAAAAGAAGCCUUUUUGCCAGCGGUGUAUCUCAGCGGGUUACGUAUGCGAAGGCUACGAUCACCCUCACAUCUGGAUUAAUACCACGAGCAAGAAGCUGGCCACGUACACCAAGGCUCACAAUCCUAUUCGGACGGCAGCUGAGUCAGGUAGUAUUACCUUGUGCGACUCACUGGUCAGAAGUGCGAGGGACACCAAGUACAUAGGCCUCUUUCUCUCGGCGUACCUUCCCAAUGGCCGUAUGCUCUCAUCUACCACGUCCCAGCUAUCCCCUGUUGGCUGGGUCAGAUACCAUGAGUAUCUUAGUGGAUCUGAGAAAUCUCUACAGUUCAUCACUUUGGCGCAUGGUCUAGCUGCAUUAGCGGAGCGAGACGACAAUCAACAGCUGAGGGCAAAAGCAUUUGAGGCAUACCGUGCGGGCCUUCGAGAAACUGCUAUGGCGAUUCGUGACCCUAAGAGAGCUACAAGCAACGGUUUGAUUGCUGCAGUACGGCUCUACCGGUUUUAUGAGAUUCGAUAUGGAGCCAAGGGAGUAGUUUCAUCAGGGCCAAAGCAGCAGAUAGACAGUUACAAGGCUCACAGUGACGGCGAAAUGGCAAUUUUCCAAGCCAAAGGGCCUUGUGGAUAUUGGGAAGGUCCGGCACGGCAUCUACUGGCGGAUAGCAGGGUCGUCUCGUACAUCAACUGCGUGACUGAUAGAAAACGUUCAUUCUUCAGUGAAGAAGACUGGAUGCUUCUCCCGUGGAGGAAUCGCAAGAAAUCCCCGCUUGAUUUGCUGACUGAUGUACUAGUUCAGAUUCCUGGACUUCUUCAAGAUUUAGACUUGCUUAGAGACCUCGAUCCCAACGAGGUAGAAACUUAUGAAGCAACUGAAAAGCUUGUACGUCAUUGUUUACAACUUGAGCAGAUCUUGGUGAGAUGGAAAGACAUUAUGCCCGAUGCAUUUUAUCUGCUUGACAGCACGGUAGUGGGGCGACAAGAGCUCCCAUCAUUACAGACUGACGAGGAUAUUGCUGUGUUGCAACCGAGUUUCUUAUACUGGAGUUGCUGCAUCAUUCUUUACACUACAAUGCAUUUUGCGCGGCAGCAUUCAAACGUGCCGGAGAUUUUGGCACGUGAGGCGCAAGUUCCGUUUCCACAUCCAGGGGAAGGGCAAUUCGAACAUCCACGAAAUCCUACAUUAUACGCACACAAGAUUCUAUACGCCAUACCUCUCUGCCACCAAUCGCAGUGCGGAAGCUAUGCAGUCCUAGCCUCCACCUUUCCCUUGGGUAUUGCAAUCCGAUAUUUGACGGCGUCGCCGUACUUUCCUCACACAGGGGAACAUCAGCCGGUGAUCCUCGAGACUUCCUUCAUGGAGAGAUUCAUGGCACAAGCAUACAUGGCGUCAUACCCGUCGAUAUUUCUGGCGAACUUGAAUCAUGUGGAGGCUACUGAUCCCAAGGCAGACAGUCUUUUGGGAUGGGAUGGGAUUGUGCGUCAAGCGAGGAAAUGGUGGUUUGGGACGAGAGAUGUCGGUUAG